AAAUUCUAAUAACCGAGUGCACUAAUGACAUUAAUAGUAAUGUAAGUCGAUGGUCCAAGCUCCUCUGUUUACACCCGGUUUGUAACUGACCAAUCAUUUUUCGGCAAUCGAUACCGCUGCCCACAACCUCGAAUCCCUACCUUAGGUCUUUGACUGAUUCCUUCUUCCACUUUACAACUUCGCCAAACCCCAAACACCCAAAAAAUUAUUCAACCAGCCUGCCUACCUACCUAAUUACACCUUUUCCUCGACCAGUGAAACCCAUUGCUCAAGCUCUCGCUUUCUAUCAUACCCAAUCUAUCCUGUCAAUCAACAUUCGAGCCAUGUUUAUUUGAAACGCCGCGUUUAAUAAAGCUUUUUCUUCAACCUUUGCCGCGCGAUUAUACGCGACCCGACGCACGGCCGACGCGUCUUUUUCACCACAGUUGCGAUGGCAGGACCACGAGGGGCGCGUUUGCCAGUUGGCUCCGCGCCUUGGAUCUCGGAGGAGAGAUCAUCUGCCUUACAAAUUGCGCAGUCAGAAGUUGAAGAAUUCACCUUCUCUGCCCGAAAUGACUUGGAUUGGCUGAAUGAGCAUAUGGCCGAGAUAUUUAGUGAGAACCAGAUCAAUGUUGCCGAGAUUUUCAAAACACCGGGAAAGUUACGGGGUAAGACUCCGCGAACUCUUCGGAAAGUAAACGCGACGGAAGCUCGUGUUCCGCUAUCUAAUAUCUUCUCUGCUGCUACACCAAAGGGGGCUCAAAAUCCAUUUUCUAUACCCAACAUCAAUCGAAAUAACACACCUAGGAUUGAAAUUCCAGCAGACCCCCAACCAUCACCAUCACCCGCAAGACUAGCUCCUCCCCCAAGUCCUUCGAGACGCGCAGCCCCACCAGUAUCCACCGUCCCCAAACCCCCAGCUUCCAUGAUAGACUCUGGAUAUCAUGGUAGCCAGUCUCAGGAACCGAUGGAUAUCGACCGCACGUUCGAGGAUGAAGCGACAGAAGCUUUCGAUAUGCAGGCAAACUCACAGGGUGACUACAUCCCUUUUCACACCUCCUCUGACCCCCAGGAGCAGGGUAGUCCAAUCCAGCACUCACCAAAUCCUACGUUUGAGAUGAACGUUGGUGAUCAUGACACUCAGUACUUUACUGCCCAUGUGGGAGCAAGCGAGGCCCCUACCAAAAAGAUGGUAUCUCACGAGAGUACUACUCCAGCAGGCUCACCUUUAAGAUCACCCCAGUCUUCGCCUGAUAUGUCUCUUGCGAAGCCUUCUGCCAUUGAAAAUGCACACCCAAGCUCAGAGGGCCAUCUAUCUGAACCGGAAGGUAUGGAAACUGUGCCUGAGGAGGCUUUAGGAUCCGGCUCCGAAGGCUCAAGCCCUAUCCGACCCGUUGUACGGAAGAGCAGUCUGAAUUUCGCAUCCUUGCCUGCAAGGGAGCCUAUUACUCAUAAGAGUAUCGGUAAUCGGACUUCAAGAACUAGCCAUCUAGAGCAGAACAGAACCAGUUACUACAAUCGACAUACCGGCGGGAAGAGCCUAGGUAAUGCAAGGCAUGAUCUCUCCGAUGAAGGGAACGAUGAUGAUAUGGAUAUUGAUGAAGAUCCAUUUACUGGCAAGCCUAAGCAGCAGGCGCCAGAGCAGGCAGCUACCCACAACAAGACUUAUACUCAGCGCCUUCAGGACCAAAUUAGCAGACUGGGCCAGGUACAGCAGCAUAAUUCAAAGCCUUCGAAGCCCAUUCUGGAUCCAUCUGCUGCCCAGGCAGCUCCGGUCACGGCCGCGCGGUCUCCGUUCCGGUCUAAACUUCAGUCUUCACCAAAGAAGCCAACAACCCCAGGUGCUUUCCCUGAUGAUGAGGAUGAUUGGAUUCAGCCACUUGGUUCACCUGAGGAUGCUUCAGACCGCCGCAGUCCACGACCAGGGUUGUCCAAGAGUUACACUGCAGAUGUGAUGGAAGGGGUCUCUGGCAAGGAAACCGUCGGUGGCGGCGAAUUUGCGGGGCCUAAGACUCGCCCACGCCAAAGUCAAUCGAAGUCUCCUCUACAACAGACAGUUCAAGAGCGAACUCCUAAUGCUCUAGGCCAUCAUAAGUCUGCAUCCGUCCCUAUGUUGCCUCUCGAGGAAGCUACAGGUGCUGAAGGAGCUGGUUUGCAGAAAGCCAUCUCGAUAUCCAACCAAUCGCUUGCCGCGGUUUCUGAGACAGAGAGACCAGCUACUCCUACGAAGUCACCAACUCGUGGUUUUAAGGAUAGCCCAUUAAAACAAGUCAAGAACAAGUUGUCAUCAAUACUUAAGAGCUCGAAAGGCUUGCUGGUCAGUAGUGCUGCUAUCAGCGCUGAAGGCAAAACCUCACUCUUGUCCCCUUCUACUACAAGAUUGGGAUUACACACAAUCGCCUCUAGUGAUUCACUUGCAUCUCCCCAAGGCAAGGAGACACAACCUCUGUAUCCAGAUUUAUCUCGCCAUGCUCCAGAUACUCGAGCUCUCACAGGCCCGGCGAGCCCUGUACGACCGGAAGGGCGAAGAACGAGGGCCUCGAUAGAGCGCGAGAAGGCGGAGGAGAAACGUAAAGAGAAGGAGGCAAAAGAAGCCCGACGAAUGGCCGAACAAAUGGAGAAGCUCGAGAAGAUACGUGAAAAGGAGCGCGAAAAGGCCCGAGUCUUUAGUAAAGAGCAAGAAAAAAUUGCUGCGAUGGAGAAACAACUUGCCGCGCAAAAGGAACUAGAUAAGAAGGCCUUGCAAACGCCUGCCAAUCCCUCUAAGUCCGCUCAGCUAAGUCCGCGCAAGCUGAAGACGCAGCCUAGCGUUGAAGAAAGGGCACCACCAGCGCUCUCCUCAGACGACAAGCAAGCAGAUGACAUCGACAUGAUCGAUGCACCUAAUACAAUGCCACCACCGUCGGUACCUCGUUAUGCUGCACCACCUCCCUCAGCCACCAAAGCCAGGGAGAUCAAGCGGCCUAUGAGACCUGGAAAGGAGCCAGUGAGCAAACUCAAACAGGCGCCCACAGUAAUUCGUGUCAAUAUGGGUUCACAGCAUUCGCAGUACCACCCUUCUAACAGCACGCUUGCUGCAAAUCUUCAAGAAACACUUGGUCAGCCCCAAGCCAAGAACAAACCGAAUCAAUCUUCUCUGCAGAAUAAGCAAUCGCUGCAAAGUCUUAAGAGUUCGACCUCUUCAACGGGACGGCCUAAAGCGCUUGAGGCUGCAGCGCGACGGAAAGAACAGGAAGAGCGUGAGGCACAACGCCGGCGUGAAGCCAAGGCCGAAUUAGAACGAAGGAGAGCUGCUAUGCAGGAAGAGGAGAAACGCCAAGAGCAACAGCGAAAAGCCGAGGCCGAACGACAAAAAGAGGAAGAGCGUAAGCAGGCUGAGGCAAAGAAGAAUGCACAAAGACAAGCGAUGCUUGAGAAGGCGAAGCAAACAAGAGCCCCCCCGCCCGCGGCUCGGAGUCAGCCAAAUGGCCCCCCUGACUAUAGUCGAGCUGAAGGCGGUGGUCCCCGACCACUUUCUCGCAUGACCUCAACUGCCCAACGCUCCCAGGAGGAUCUUGGUCGUCCGAUCAAUACAACGUUGUCGAAUGCGUCCAAGGCACCUACCAAGCGAACUCUGCAUCAAGAUCACAACGAUGGUACCUCUCGGCAACCACCUGCCCGCGGUGGCACUAGCUAUCAGUCAAAAGAAUCGAAGCGACUGCGCAUGACAGACGAGUUUGAUGACGAUGUUGAGAUGGAGAAGCAACCGAGCCUGAAGGGCGCGCCUGUGCGCCCAUCAGGUGGCUUGAAGAAGGAUGUGUCGGCCAAGUCGUUAUUCCCUUCUGGCUAUGCAAGUGCAUCGCAGAACAACAGGGAUCUAUUCAAGGCUACUGUAACGAGUCAGCUCAACAGCCAAGUCAAGACUGCGCACCCGUUAGAUAUGGCUCAAGUCUCCAAGGGUCACAUCCCCUUUGCACCUAACCCGAAUCCUGCUGGACCAUCUUUCAAGACGCCCGCACGACCUCAGGGAGGCACGAUUUCCAAGUCAGUUGCUAAGUCGGCGACACGGUCUUCCCCACGAUUCCAGAACGGCGAGUCGAUUGAACUUCCAGAGAUUAAUACGGACGAUGAGGAUGACGAUGAAUAUGAGGAUGGCGGAAAGGACUUGAUUGCGGCUUGGGCUGACUCACCUAAUCUUCGCAAGGCUCUCGUCGAACAAGAAACCAAAGAUCCAUUCCAGGUCUUUGGGGCACCCGCGCCCCUCAACAUGGAGGAAGUGUUCGCGAAGAGCAAGGACCGGUUUCACAAAUUCCGUGCCCGAACAUCUAGCGCUAACUGGAGUGGAUCGGAUAGGUUGACGGAGGAGGAUAUCCGGAAAGACCUUGCAGCAAGGGACAAGAUGAGACGGGAUGGUGGUUGGAGUUACGAAAUGAGUCGGGAUAUGGUCUAGCAUGGACUAAACUAGGUACUUACCUAGGUAGUUACGGAAAGGCUUCCUGGACAUGGAUUGGAGAGUCCAGUUGCAAUUCCGUCAAUUGUUGCAUCAGACAGGUGUUCACGGUUCAGGUUGGAUCAUGAUAUUGUAUGGUCCAGCUAAUGAGGGAUUAGGGGCGUUUAUAGGUAUACGGCAUUCCAUCAUUGUUACUUAAGCACAUCCAUGGAUAGGAGACUCAAAAAAUGUGCAUAUUCAUAUAGGUAUACUACUAGGUAGUAGGUAUGCCAGCGUGGCUUAGCUUAGGUUAUAGGCUAAGUAGUUAGGCAAAAGACAAGCCAAACUUCGGUUGAAGCCUUGCACGAAGCUGUAGUGCCCGUGGAAAUUAUGGUAAUGUGACCGCUAUUGUACCAGGUGUAGGUUUUAU